AUGGCAAUUGUUAUUAUUUAUCUGAAUUCAUUCGCUAACGGUAACAGAAUCAGUUCGAGUAAAGGGUAAACUUGACGUGUGCAGAGGACAAGCCGAGAAUGGCUCGAGAGAACCGACCAUACACCAUUCUGAGGACUUCCGAACACCUCAAGGACUACGAUCGGCUGUGUCUGAACGGACCGUCGGUGGAGUGCUACGGAGAGACCAUUUGCAAAGUAGCGAAGAUCGAAUGCGUGGCCAACUCGACCUGCGACUCUCUGAUGCCCAUUUGUUCGGACAGAGAUGUGGAAGAUUAUCAGCAGAGGAAGUUCAAUCUCACUUCUUCUUCCUCUUGA